UGCAUGCUAACCAGCUCAUUCAUCAAAGGAGACCGUCACAACCCGGAAAGUGUAAUAAAGUACUGAAUAAUAACCUUUUUUCCCCAAACUAUUAUCUAUUAACUUUCCUUUUGGCAGUAAAGCAUCAUGGACUGGAAUCCCUCAGUUGCCCAAGUCGGCCUCUUGGCCACCAGCUCCGCCCUGACCGCCGUCUUCUACACCGUGUACCGAGGUAGAACAACGACCGUGACCAGGCUAAAGGAAGCCAAGAAAGUCCCCAUAGACCAGGAUUUGAAGACCAUUUUGUCUGAAACACCUGGAAGAUGUUUCCCUUAUGCCGUGGUAGAAGGCGUGGUGAAAUCUGUGAAGGAAACUCUCAACAGCCAGUUCCUUGACAACUGCAAAGGUGUCAUUGAGAGACUGACCUUGAAAGAGGAGAAAAUGGUGUGGAAUCGCACCACUCACCAUUGGAACAACACAGAGAAAGUCAUCCACCAGCGCACCAACACAGUUCCUUUCGCUCUGGGCCCUCACGACGAGGACAUCACCGCUAACGUUCUUGUGGUGCGGCCGCUUGACGCCGCAGAGUUGAACCUGGAGACCACGUACGAGAACUUCCACCCCGCGGUGCAGUCCCUGUCCAGCGCCAUCGGCAACUUCUUCUGCGGCGAGCGGCCCAAAGGCGUCCAUGAAAUGGAGGAGAUGCUGCGCGUGGGCGAGAGAGUCACAGGCGUGGGCGAGUUGGUGCUGGACAAUGACAUCAUCAGGCUGCAGCCUCCCAAGCAAGGCUUCUCCUACUUCCUCACCCGCCUGGACUACGACGCCCUCGUGAGGAAGCAGGAGAGAGACGUCAGACUGUGGCGGAUCCUCACCGUGGUCGCCGGGAUGGCCGCCUGCUCCACGUUCUGCUACAUGCUGUGGAAGCAGUACGUGCGCCACAGACAGAGGAGGCUCGCCAGGCGCAUGCUGAGGGAGUUCCAGGAGCAGGAGAAGAAACAGGUGGAGGACGCCUCCAAUUUGGAGGAGAGCAGCGUGCAGAGCAGCAGGUGCACGGUGUGUCUGUGCCAGGAGCGCUCCUGCGUCUUUCUGGAGUGUGGCCACGUGUGCACGUGCACGCCGUGUUAUCAGGCUCUUCCAAAGCCCAGGAAAUGUCCCAUCUGCAGGGCCGCCAUAACCAGGAUGGUGCCCAUCUACAACAUCUGAUGGUAAACCUUCUUCUUCUCCUCCAGGCAGAAAUAGGCAUCUCAUGUAUUUGGGCCACACAAAAUAAAAAGUGACAUUAUUUUUUUAUUGGCACCUCCCAGUUUCUUUAGUUCUGAGGUUGUCUGAAUAAAAACCGGUGACGAGAA